ACUAAGAAGAGCACUGGGCCGCAUUUCAUUAGAAAAUUAGAACCGUAAAAAAAAUAUAAUGAUUAUAGUUUUUUGCAAUGUAAACUGUACACUACUAUAUUUUAAUUUAGGAAAUGCAUCAAGGAGUCUACAUCAAUACCAAUAGUAUACACUGUUUCAAAUAAAAUACUUGAGCAAUCAGCGAGAAUUCGUCGCUCAUUUUGUUGAGUAAAUCAGUUCUCACAUGUUUCAUUGUUGAAAAGGUUCUGUUCGUAUUAGUUGUUGAAACGAGCAGCAUCAACACCAGAUAAAUCAAUCUACUAAUCAAUUUGCAUUGUGUGUCCAUCCCUGCACACUAGCUGCUCUAGUAAAUUUUUAAGGGAACAAACCUCAUAUUUCUUUUAGUCUUUAACGUUUUAAACUUUUUAGAAUUUUAGGUUUCUUUGUUUUUUUUAUAUGCAUAAUCUUUGGGGCUAAAAUUUCUAGGCUAAAUUUAGAGUAGUGAUUUGAAUAUGUUCAAGUUGAUAAUUUUACUAGUUAAACCCAAUCAUAUCAUAAAAUAACAUUGGGUCGAAUGUCUAAAAUCAAAAAUUUCAUAAGUACUAUACUAACUACGGAUCCAGAGGAGGGCUGGGCCGGGGCCCGGGGUGGCCACCCCCUGAAUCCGCCAGUGUCUGCAAUAUAUAUUGGGGUUAUUGGGCACAUCACACAUAUAUGUCAUCUUGUAUGCGCCACCCUAAGCUAUCAAUUCCGAAAUUUGGCUGUGUGUUGAAGCACCCCCUCCUGAUGUGAUUAGGGAUAAUCAGCAUACCCCAAAUGCAAUAUCGUGGGGUGAAAUUUGGCUAAAUAAGGAAGUGUGUGACGAUGAGGCACCCUAAUGUGAUUAGGGGGGGGGGGGGGGAUAAUCUACGCAUGAGGAACUCUAUUGUGGUCGUAUGUGGUGAAUUAUUUUUGCCAUUUUGACUCUUGUGAUUCUAAAUCUCACCCACAUGAGGGAAGGCGGGGUCUUCUUGCCUUAAGCAUUUUUAUCAUUUGAAAACCCAAGGUAAUAAGGAGAAGCUAUCAAGAAGAGGGGUUCAAGACUAAAGCUAGAUGGUGUCACAUCCAAAUGUCAAGUCAAUUAAGAGUGUAAUCAACACUCCACGUAAGCUGAGCAGUUUCUCGAGCUAGUUACUUUUGAUGGCUAAAAAUAGGAGGUGAAGAUGACGGAGCAAAGGGUUGGGAAAAUCACAACUCGACACUACUUGUCAAGUUUUAAAUCUCUUCUCCAUAUUCAAUACUACAAUUCGAUAUGCAAUAUUCAACCAAUGAUAUUUAGGUUGGGAAUUUAAGAUUAUCAUUCAUUUAUAAGGUAAUUAUAAUUCUAAAUUAUUUAUUAAAAUCCAACUAAAAUAUAAAAAUUGAAGUGUAUAACACCAUAAAAAAAAUAUUUAUACAGAGACUUAGUGUGAUAGCUAACCAUGAUGAAAUUUUUGUUCUACUUUUUUAUAUUUUUAACUUCGUGUAUGUUCUAUAUUAAAAAAAACAUCAACAAAAUUUUCCAGUGUAAAUUGAUUAUGAUUUUUUUUAAUCUUUGCUUGAAGAUAUUCUGAUUCAAAUCUUGAUACUACACCACUGUCUUGUCUUCCAACACAAUUGUCACUAUAUAUAUACAUGACGGACACUUCGACAAGUCAUUUAAUUCGGUCUCAAACCAAUCGCCAGUUGAUUAGACGCGCGGGAUUAAUGCCGUUUGUGCUUACUAGCUUGUACUAUAUAAAAAUGAAGAAAGACCCAUUUUAAGCAUUACUUACAGUCGUAAAAAUGGGAGGUGGAGGUGGAGAUUCAAAGACGACGCCGCGGUGGUGGUGGUGCAGCGACACCACGAAGGCGUACGGAGCCGUGGUAUUAACCCGGCUGAUCUACGCCGGAAUGUUCUUGGUGUCGAAGGCGGCGUUCGACGGCGGCCUAAACCCUGCCGUUUUGGUCUUCUACCGGCAAGUCUUGGCCACCCUCAUCCUUGCUCCUCUUGCCUUCUUCCUCGAAUGGAAGCAUUCUCCACCGCUCUCGCUGGUCACCUUCUGCAAGAUUUUUAUGCUUGCUCUUGUCGGAAUAACGGUGACGAUGAACAUCCAUGGCUUCGGGUUGCUUUAUACCUCUGCCUCCUUAGCGGCGGCUACCACGAAUUGCCUUCCCGUCGUUACUUUCUUCAUGGCCGUUCUCUUUAGAGUGGAAACCUUGAAGGUCGGGAGUACAUCUGGAAAGGCAAAAAUAGCAGGGUUAGCGAUAUGCAUGGGUGGAGUAGCAUCUCUAGCUUUCUGCAAAGGCCCCCAUUUCAAACUCUUCUGCCUCUUCAAGCAUUCCUAUGGGCAAAGUCAAUACAUUCAAUCUCAUAAUACAUGGAUCAAAGGUUGUGCCUUCAUGCUCUCAUGUAGUUUCACAUGGGGCUAUUGGCUUAUUUUCCAGGCAAGACUUCAGAAAAGUUACCCACCUAAGCUUCUUUUCACGACUCUUCAAUGCGCUAUGAGCUCUAUCCAGUCAUUCUUUGUUGCAAUCACAGUAGAAAGAGAUUUCAAUGAGUGGAAACUGGGCUGGAAUAUGAAACUCGUCGCUGUGAUUUAUUGUGGAGUUGUGGUGACUGGGGUGACCUAUUACUUGCAAGCAUGGGUUUUGGAGAAGAAAGGACCAGUGUUUCUAGCGAUGUCAACUCCUUUGGCUUUCAUCUUCACAAUGUUGUGCUCUGUUCUAUUGUGUGACUUCAUCGAUCUCGCAAGUAUCUUGGGUGGAGUGCUAUUGGUUGGAGGGCUCUAUAGUGUUUUAUGGGCAAAAGUCAAAGAAGAGAAGCAGAAUAAGGUUGAUCAGGAUCAUGAGGGGAGUAUUAUAGCACAGGUGGGAGUACAAGACUGCUCAUCAGAGCUUAAACAAGUUGUUUUUAGUGGGACUCUUCCUAUCGUCUCUACUUAAUUAAUUCUUACGUAGUGCUUAUUAUAAGUUCUUCUAAUGACGAGAGACCAUUCGUGUUGUAUAAUCACAAUAGUCCCUCUGGCCUAAUCAGGAUCACAAGCAUAAUACUAUACCACAAGUGGUGGUACAAGACCGCUCAUCGGAGCUCAAAUAAGUUGUCACAAGUGACACAUGUGCUUCUAUCAAUGUCCGUCACUCCUUAAUUUAUUACUACGUAGUACUUACGAUAAGUUCUUCUUACAACAGGGAUCAUUUGCAUUGGAUGAUCACAACAGUCCCUUUGGCCUAUUAGUUGUCAUAUGAUCAUCAAUUUAAUCGAUAUCAUUCACACGCAAGUGGUCGUAAUUCGUAAUAAAUAACAGUGGAACCUACACACAAUUAACCUAUUUUGCGGCCCACAAACCUUUCAUCAAACACCAACCAAAGCCUAAUGGGUGGGUUCACGAAUGAAUCUGGGUUGGUAAGAGAACUAGUGGAUCCUUUGCCUUCAGUGGACUUUGCUAUAUAUGGAGUACUGCUGUUUCAUAGGAUUGUUAAAUCCAUUCGGCCCGCAGCAACUCUGAUGCUGGCCCAACCAAAUGGGACUUUUCCCUUAAGCCGUGAAAGUUGUUCAGAAGCCCAAACUGGAAAAUCUUGAUUUGGGCCCAAGAAUUUACCAUGAGAAACAGACACUUUCAAUUUUCAAACCAAAUAUCGAGUAAAUGAGUGAUAGUCAAAAUUUAGCUUAGGUGUUAUACGGUUAAAAUGAACCUUGGACAGAUUCCGAUCUUCAAUAUUAAUAUUUGAUUUAAAUAUAUUAAUUGUAAGGUGAGUAUAUACAAAUUUCAUGUUCAUGAGCUGAUUUUCGUUUGAUUGAGUGUGUAAGAAGUGAUUAAUAUACAUAUCUGGACAUUUCCAGAUUAGUCAAGUUACUGGGACCUGUUGAUUUUUCUUCAACCUUUAACACAACAAAUAAAUAAUUUGGGAGCUGGAGUAGUGGUAACAAUAAUGAGGAAUAUAUGGAUGGAGUACCAUAUAUAUGGAAAGUAGUUAUUAGGAAAUUAUGUUGUUAUUAUUAUUGUUGACAUUCAUACUAAAUUAAAUGCAUAUGUCAACUAAUUUUUUAUAAGAAGGAUAAAAUUUUAUUAAAUAAAUUUAGGAAAUUACG